AUGUCUUUUGAGUGUUCACUACAUGGUCGUAUUUCCGAUACCCUAAAACCAAAGUUAUUUGAACGACUUAUGGGAAUAUGUGGUAACGAGCCUAUCGAUAUCUUUGAGUUGGAAUUAGGUUUCGUUCCAACCUUUCAGACUCCCGUGGGACCGGCUCGUAAUGAGGAUGUUUUACUCAGACUUAAGUCUCCACUCGAAGAAAAAGACUUGAGUAGACGUCAAUGGCAAUUAUGCCACUUUGGACAUCCUGAAACAACGCAGAAAAAAGUUAGUGUUCGCCCUGUUUUAUAUUCACGUAUAACGCAAGGAAACGCGUUUGAUUUUAUGCGAGCACUAGGAUACAGUUUUGCAUUUGAGUUUGUGAAAAAGGGAAACGUAUUUGUUUAUGAAGAUGUUGUUAAAAUAUCUAUUACUCGAAUAUAUGAGUUAGAAAAAUUACACGAUCCCACAUCCCUCAAACCAUUUGAUCCUCAAAAUUUCUGGGUUGUAGAAGCUUCGACUUUCUCAGAUAAAUCGGCUAUCACACUGAAAGCCGGUGAAUUAGAAAAGUUAGCCUCUAAUCUGACCGGUAUUUUAGAUUUGCAUCACGUUGAACAUUUGUUUCUUCAAAAUAAGAUUAAUUAUGGUUGA